GAUCUCAAUAAUUUCCACUCAAAAAUAUCAUUUGUCAUAUGACCCUUUGGUGUCACAUCAUAUUCAAUCUUGCAGUUAAUUUGGGAUCAUGCUUUUCCCAUCGUGCAAUACACGCACAUAAUCAUGCGUGUGCUUAAACCAUAAACCACAAACAUCAACAACAACAUUCAACAGCAGCAAAGUGUUCUGUUCUUUCCAACCAUUUUCCUUUGUUACAACACCAGUGUUACUAUUGAAGCUUAAAUGAGUAGGCUUGCACCAUUAUCAGAAGAACCAAUCAAUGAAGAAAAUGAAAGAAACAAAAAAAACUCAAAGAAAGGUUUUCAAUUAUGGAUGAAUUGGAAUUGGAUCAAGACUCAUUUUUCUCUUGUUUUUAACAAGAAAUCUAACCUUAAGAUGCUUCUUAGUGUUCUUGGUUGUCCUCUUUUUCCUGUUCCUAUUCACCCCAAAUUACCCCUUAAUGAGGUUUCGUCUUCGGCGCAGUACAUUAUACACCACUUCAGUGCUGCAACAGGGUGUAGGAAGUUGGAGGGGACAGUAAAAAAUGUGUUUGCAACUGGAAAAGUAACAAUGGUUGUGGUGGAUGAGCUUGGAUCCGUCGUCGGUGGUGCCGGAGUUAAUGGAAUUUCAGAAAAAGGGUGUUUUGUUAUGUGGCAAAUGGUUCCUGAUAAUUGGCAGAUAGAGAUUGUUGUUGGUGGCCAAAAGGUUGUUGCUGGUAGCAAUGGCACCAUUGCUUGGCGUCACACGCCUUGGCUUGGCGUUCACGCUGCUAAAGGUGGUGUUCGCCCUCUUCGUCGUGCACUUCAGGGACUAGACCCUUUGGCAGUAUCAGCUGUAUUCAGUGCAGCACAACACAUGGGAGAGAAACAAAUCAACGGCGUAGAUUGUUUCGUACUAAAACUCUCAGCCGAUCAAAAAGACCUAAUCGAUCGAAGCGACAACACGGCCGAGAUGAUAAAACAUGCUAUAUUCGGUUAUUUUAGUCAAAGAAGUGGACUUUUAGUUUACUUAGAGGAUUCUUACUUGACAAGGAUUCAAGCAAUAGGUACUAACCCUACAUAUUGGGAAACAACAAUGUCGACAAAAAUCGAAGAUUAUAGAGGUGUUGAUGGUGUUAUGAUUGCACAUUCUGGAUCAACAACUGUGAUGAUAACAAGGUUUGGUGAUAAUCUUAAGGAUGGACCUGUAAUUACUAGGUUGGAAGAGUCAUGGACCAUUGAUGAUGUUGCAUUCAAUGUUCAAGGGUUGUCUAUUGAUUGUUUCUUACCACCUCAAGAACUUAACAAAGAUUGUCCACAACAACAUCUUGAUUGGAGAUCAUCUUUGCAUAGAUGAUGUAUAUUAUAUAAAAAAUUUGUAAUGGUUGCGUUUUAUUUUUAUUAGGUUUUGAGUUUGAAUAUGAGAAUGCAGCAACGUUAAAACUCUUGAGGAGAGUUUUUGCUGCUUUUUGUGUUCAACAUGGCUCGAGGGAUUAGCAGCUGUGCACAAGGACACCGAUUCAUAUAAAAAAACACUAAUUGUUACUUAACAUGUAUAAUGAAUGGUUUUGUAAUUGUACUACAGUUCUAACCGACACAUUCUCGGCGCAAUAGAUGUUUGGUAAUUAUCUUGA